ACCUCUCGAAUAAACUAACCCUCAAACCAUAAAAUUCCUCCACGUUUCCAUUCCACAACUACCGCACUAGCCACCCAAAAACACCCCACAUAAUUUUCUCUCUCAAAAUUUCACUAUUUAUACUCGCUGUGUUUUGGCUUUCAGAAUUCAGUGUCGAUCAGUUCUAGUUAUUUGAAGUCGAGAGAGAAAUUGACAUUACUGAUCAUGAAAACUUGCGUUGUGGCUUUGUUCUUGGUGGUGUUGGUGGGUUCAAAGGGUUUUGUUGAUGGGGCUGGAGAGUGUGGGAAGACUCCAAUUAGGUCAGUGGCGACUAGCUUGAGCCCGUGUUUGAGCGCGGCUGGAAAUGCAAGGGCUAAGGUUCCGCCACUCUGUUGCUCAAAAGUUGGUGCGAUGACCAAGACUGCACCAAAAUGUCUUUGUGCCGUUAUGUUGUCGCCUUUUGCUAAGCAGGCUGGAAUUAACCCUGCCAUUGCUAUUACAAUCCCCAAACGAUGCAACAUUAAGAAGAGGCCCGCCGGGAAGAAGUGUGGAAGGUACACCGUCCCAUGAGAGGAGAAUCAAAAUAGAGUAAUCCAACAGUAGAGAAAAGUAA